AUGGCAGAGAGUAGCAGCAGAUCUCUGGGCAAGAAUUACCUCAUUCUGAUUGACUAUUUCUCUCGAUAUGUCGAGAUUGCUCAUCUUACCAACAUUACCAGUAGUCAAGUUAUUCUUCGAAUGAAAAACAUUUUCGCGCAUUGGGGUAUUCCAGAGGAACUUGUAUCCGACAACGGUACACAGUUUGCGUCGGAUGAGUUUGCUGAUUUCGCAAGGGAUUAUGAAUUUAGACAAGUAUUCUCCAGCCCUCACUACCCUCAAGGUAAUUGGGAGGCUGAGAGUGCGGUGAAGAUAGCUAAACGCAUAUUGGCACAAGAUGACGUUUUUGCGGCUCUCAUGGUUUAUCGUGCAACGCCUAAUGGGUCAACUGGGUACAGUCCAAGUCAAUUAAUGAUGGGGAGACAAAUCCGAACAAAAUUACCUGUAACGGAAAAGAAACUACUUCCGGAAUGGCCAAAACCCAAAGUCGUACGGGCACGAGACACGCAGUACAAGAAGCGGUAUGCAUUCUACUACAAUAGGCGUAAUGGAAAUCGAGAACUACCUCAACUUGAUGUGGGGGAUGACGUAAGGAUCAAAGUAGACAAAGAAAAACUUUGGUCAACAAGUGGAGUUGUUGAGCGCGCAGACCUGGAGAAACGUUCAUAUUUAGUCAGGAACACCACAGGGUGUUUAUCAGAGAAAUCGCCGACAUCUACAAUCGGUUAA